AUGCAAAUCUUUGUAAAGACUUUAACAGGAAAGACAAUCACGCUGGAGGUAGAGGGUAGUGAUAGCAUCGAGAAUGUCAAGACCAAGAUUCAAGACAAGGAAGGAAUCCCACCAGAUCAACAACGUUUGAUUUUCGCAGGUAAACAAUUGGAAGAUGAAAGAACACUCUCUGAUUACAAUAUUCAAAAGGAAUCUACUCUUCAUUUGGUUCUCAGACUUCGUGGUGGGAUGCAAGUCUUUGUAGAGACAUUGUCUGGAAAGAUCAUUACAAUAAAGGUAAAGGAAUCUGAUACGAUAGAGAAUGUCAAGGCCAAGGUUACAGAAAAGCUUGGUUACCCACCAAAUGAACAAAUACUUAUUUUCAACAAUAAGAAAUUAGAAAAUGGAAGAACACUUUUCGAUUAUAAUAUCCAAAAGGAAUCAACAAUAUAUUUAAAACUUUGGAUGAGAGAUCCAGAACUCAAUUUUUAA